GCUUGUGGUGGUCAGCAGAUGUCAGUGCAGGUGUGUUCAACUCAGAGUUGCGGUGGUGAUUUUGUACAGUUGAGCUCAUGGAUGGAUAAACCCUGUCAAACGUUUAACAUCUACAAAUCAUCAUCAGAUUGUUCUGCUGCAGGUCUCCGUUAAUGCUAGCCAGGUAUGGCGCUGUGGAUUCAGGCACAGCAGCUGCAGGGGGACGCCCUGCAUCAGAUGCAAUCUCUCUAUGGGCAGCACUUUCCCAUCGAGGUGCGUCACUACCUGGCGCAGUGGCUGGAGGCACAGCCAUGGGAUGCCAUCGACCUGGAAAACCAGCAGGACGAGUUUAAAGCAAAGCGAUUGUUGGAGGGUCUGAUCAAGGAGCUGCAGAGGAAGGCAGAGCAUCAGAUGGGUGAAGAUGGUUUCCUGCUGAAGAUCAAACUGGGUCAUUAUGCCACACAGCUGAAGAGCUCAUAUGACCCUUGCCCUCUGGAGCUUGUGCGGUGUGUCAAACACAUCCUGUACACGGAGCAAAGACUUGUACAGGAAGCAUCCAAUGCCAGCAGUCCGGGGUCAGGUCCAGUAGAUGGUACCCCUCAGAGAUAUCAGCAGAUCAACCAGACGUUUGAGGAGCUACGUGUUAUGACACAGGACACAGAGAACGACCUCCGCAAGCUACAGCACAGUCAAGAAUACUUCAUCAUUCAGUACCAGGAGAGCUUGAGGAUACAGGCUCAGUUGAGUAGUUUGGCCAGCCUUCCUCCAGCUGAGCGGGUUCAGAGAGAAGCAGGCCUGCAGAGCAGGAAGUCAACGCUAGAGGCCUGGCUCACACGAGAGGCCAACACUUUACAGAAAUACAGACAGGAACUGGCAGAGAAGCAUCAGAGGACUCUAGCUCUGUUGAGGAAACAGCAAACUGUGAUCGUAGAUGAUGAACUGAUUCAGUGGAAGAGACGACAGCAGCUCGCAGGCAAUGGAGGACCAUCAGAGGGAGGACUGGACAUACUGCAAGCCUGGUGUGAGAAGUUGGCCGAUAUGAUUUGGCAAAACAGACAGCAGAUUCGCAGAGUUGAACACCUGACACAGCAGCUGCCCAUUCCCGGACCCACAGAAGAACUGCUUACUGACCUCAACGCUACUGUCACAGACAUCAUAUCAGCACUCGUCACCAGCACAUUUAUAAUUGAGAAACAGCCUCCUCAAGUGCUGAAGACUCAAACCAAAUUUUCAGCAACAGUUCGCUUGCUGGUCGGAGGGAAACUCAAUGUCCACAUGAAUCCUCCACAGGUUAAGGCCACCAUCAUCAGCGAACAGCAGGCCAAGGCCUUACUGAAGAAUGAGAACACCCGCAAUGACAGCAGUGGAGAGAUUCUAAACAACAACUGUGUGAUGGAGUACCACCAAACCACUGGCACCCUGAGUGCACACUUCAGGACCAUGUCUCUGAAGCGUAUUAAGAGGUCAGACCGCCGCGGGGCCGAGUCAGUGACUGAAGAGAAGUUUACGGUUCUGUUUGAGUCUCAGUUCAGUGUGGGAGGCAAUGAACUUGUGUUUCACGUGAAGACAUUAUCCCUGCCUGUUGUGGUCAUCGUUCAUGGGAGUCAAGAUAAUAACGCUACAGCAACCGUACUGUGGGAUAAUGCUUUCUCUGAGACGGGUCGAGUGCCAUUUGUGGUGCCUGAAAAGGUGCUGUGGCCACAGCUGUGUGAGGCUUUGAACAUGAAAUAUAAAUCAGAGGUUCAGAGCGACAGAGGACUGUCAGAAGACAAUCUGGUGUUUCUCGCUCAGAAAGCCUUCAGCAGUUCCAGCAACAACCCUGAGGACUACUGCAACAUGACCAUCACCUGGUCUCAGUUCAAUAGGGAAAGUUUGCCAGGCAGGAACUUCACAUUCUGGCAGUGGUUUGAUGGGGUCAUUGAGCUCAUGAAGAAACACCUGAAGUCUCACUGGAAUGAUGGAGCGAUUCUGGGUUUCCUGAACAAGCAGCAAGCUCAGGACAUGUUGAUGUCUAAACCAAACGGCACGUUCCUUCUGCGCUUCAGCGACUCUGAGAUCGGAGGCAUCACCAUAGCGUGGGUCGCAGAAAACCCGAACAAAGCAGGAGAACGGAUGGUGUGGAACCUGAUGCCCUUCACUACUAAAGAUUUCUCUAUCCGCUCUCUGGCCGAUCGGAUCAGUGAUCUGAAUCAUCUGCUCUUCCUCUAUCCCAAUCAGCCAAAAGAGGAAGUCUUCUCCCGUUACUGCACACCUCCAAACUCAAAAGCAGUGGGGGAUGGAUAUGUAAAACCAGAGAUCAAGCAGGUGGUGAAGGUUGAGUUUUCUUCGCCCAAUCCUGAACCCUCUCCUGGGAAUUCCUUUAUGGAGCAUUCCGCAUCACCCACUGUCAAUCAACACCAUAACUUCACAAUCUAUCCAUCAAUGAAUGACACCAUGUUAGACACUGAAGGUGAAUUUGAUCUGGAUGAGACCAUGGACAUGGCCCGACAGGUGGAGGAGUUCCUGCGACAGCCCAUGGAAACCCAGUGGAGUGGACAACAGUCAUGACCUUUAAGCUUGUGAUCUCUAAUUUGAACUACACAAAAACUCAAUGGUUCCAUUCCAUAUUUUUAUCUUAACAAAUGUGAAAUGUUAUGUUUGUCAAAGCUGAUCAGUGGAUGUGUUACUGCCUUUGCAUUUUAUAUAUAGUUUGAUGUGUAAUUUUCCAUCAUUAACCAUUGAAGAACAAUAGUCUGUCAUGUACAACGAUACACUUCUAUUUGGCUGAAUAUGAGUAGCUACUUUAAUAGCUGGUGUGGGUUUGCCACUUUUAAUACCCUUUAUCUUGAUUGUUAUAGUAGUCUUAUAAAAUCUACUUGAUCAAAUCUUUGUCCAGUCACACAGUUGGCUAAGACAUUGAGCUGACAGUAAUCGUUCUUCUCAAUUUGUCCACCUCCAGUUAGGAUGCUUUAUAGCUACAUUCAAGGUUGCCAGGUCUGUGAAACAAAACCAGCUAUUCAAAACUAUCAUGUUUUUUUUCUUCAGUUUCCCCCUCCUUUGGAGGUCCGCUCUGUUGAAAACGCAUUCCGGGGGGUCCCCCUCUGUCAAAAUAGCGUUUCGAGGGUGGUGAGCGAGAGGUUGGUUUAACCUGCAGUUUAAAAAACAGCCCACGGCAACAGUGUAAAAUGUUGCAUUGUGUCAUUUCUGCAACUAGUGGCACUACACAGAAUUGCAAAAAAUGCUGAUUGUAUUCAACAGGUUUUCCAAUCACCCUGUCCUGCAUUGUCUACCAAACAGGUAGUCCUGGCUGACCUGAUAAUUGUAGUUACAGCAUCCAAUAGGAUUGAAAAUUUAUGAAAUUUGUCAUGUCACCUCAGAAUAUCCAUGUGUUCUUAACCAUUUACGCUUUAAGCUAUUAGCUUCUGGAAUUUGAUUGGCGAUUCUUAAGAUUUGGGAUUGGGAAUGUUGUUGUAUGGAAGCAUUUCCUUUAUCAAACGGUUGCUGAGUUACAAUGUUGUUGUUUUUUUUUUAGUCGUGUUGUCCCCUAUGGAUGGAAUUUGACACAAUUUAUCUUCAGAACAAACUGAAGAAUUAAAAUUCUUUCGAUAACCUUUUUUUUAAAUAUUAUUUUAUUUAUAUUUAAAUUAGCAUUUUGGUUAAGGUUGAAGAGAGUAUUUUUCAAGUUCAAAUGCUCUCUUCUUCUUUUUCUUGAUGUGCAGAGACUUGGUCAGCUAUUAGUAGGCGAUUCCCCCAAAAGUGUGAACACUGUGACUGUAAAGCUUUUUAAAUAUCAAUCUACCACCAACCCCAUAUAGCAACAUUUUCUCACCCAGUGGCUUGCGCUUGGGUCAGGACUGACUUCUUGUCUGACCAAUGGAAGAUGGAGAGGGUGAGAAAUAAGAGAGGUGUUUAAUUUGAUUUCAACAGCAGUGUCUAGAUUAAGCGUAUUUGACAUAUGACCUAACAAUAGUUGGCUCAUGUUAGUCAUAAACAGCAUAUUCUCUGAUAAACAGGCGAUCAUGUUAUGGUGGUUGGGUCUGUAUUUUUGUUAACUUGAAAGGUGUCAAUCAGUUGAAAUAAUUUAUUGGUGUCUGAACUGUCUAGCAUUUUGGCAAUUUCUGAUUAUCUGACUCCCUCCCACCCCAGAUACCUAAUUUUCCCUGAGCCAUUCUUCCUGUGCCUUAAACAAACUUCCUGUGAGGUUUGUCCAGUAGUUACACCAAAGUCUGGUAAAUUUGUGGUCAAUUUAAAAUCCUCUCAGAUUAUAUAUAUUGAUCUUAGAUUAUUUUGACACUGCAGUCUUUUUUCCCAGUAAAUAUCUCUAAAGAGUAAUCAGUGUAUUUGAGAGCCAAAAUUGCACAAGAUAUCAGGAGUUGUUUGUGAAGUUUAUAUUUUUUUUACCUCAUUGGUAAAUGCUUCUUUUAAACCUUUUAAGCCUUCUUGCCUGAAUAGUGAAAUUGGUUUUAUAGAUAUCAGAGCAAAUGACAACGUUAAUUUAAAAAAAUCUGUCUUUAAAAAGCCAGUACCUUUUAAAAACAAAAUAAUGUAAAAUUUAAGAACUUCAUGUCAGUCAAGAGAAAGUCUUGAGAAUUUUUAUAAUUACCUAUGCAGACACAGAAUUUUAUAUAAAAAUAAAAAUAUAUAUAUAUAUAUAUAUUGAAAAAUAGUUACAAUUACCACAGUGCUAUCUAAAAAUAAAUAUACUGUUGCAAUGCAAAUAAAUUGUGCUUGAAUUAUCGUUAGAGCAACUUUACCUUGGUUUUAAAGUGUUCCUAAUGUGAUGGCUUGCCUUUAGUGUCUGUCUUUUUUUUUUCUCUAAAAUCUCCUCUUUUGAUUAUUAUUUGUACGUUUUCCUAUUGUGGGAAAUAACAUCUCAUUAUGUUCAAUAUGUAAGGGAUGAUGUCCAGUCAGCCUGUCAUUAUAAAUUAACAUAGAUGAGAGGUGAUCAGGACCCUGGCAGUAAGUUCAUGGGUUGUCCUGGAAUGUUUUUUUGUUUGUGUGUGUGUGUGUGUGUGUAAUAGUAAUGAUUGGCUGGCUCUACGCUAAUCCUUUUAUUACAUGGCUGCUUAACAAAUAAAUGUAUAAAUGCA